GCCCCCCCCCCCCCCCCCACUUGUUGGAGCUCAAGAUCGCUAUUUAAGAUCUUAUUUAACUCCAAAAGUACACGCUUUCUUCGACCAGAUUAGGAUUUUUUUCCGCGCAAGAAAAACAGACUCUUCUAUUUCUGGCUUCCCCCCUCCCGGCGCUGACGUCAGCACUAAGUUAUUUUCAUGAAUGGAGGGGGCGGUCAUGAGGACGCGGUGACGUCAGUGCUUGCGGAAGCGGGAGCGUGGAAUGUUAGUAACAUUGUUGUUGUUUUGGGGUGAAUUGAGUUAGCAGGACGCUCCGCUCGCAGGCUGGCUGCGUCGCCGUCUGCCGGACUCAGCAAAGCGGCUUCGACGGCCUCGUUUUCCCUGGGGGGGGUUAGGUUCCCACCUAACCGGACAUAUAAAUGUAAUUUAAAAAAAAUAUUUUUAUUUUUUCCGCGCAUUCCAGUCCACGUGGAUCCACGCGCACACAAACAGUUCGUCUCCUGUGAGAGUGUGGCAAGUUGUCUGCAUGCAGGGAAUGACGACUCCUUUCAAGACGAGCAAAGCUUUAAAGGUCAAGAAGGAGUCGGGCGAGAAUGCCCCGGCCCUCAGCGACGAUGAGCUGGUGGCCAUGUCCGUGCGGGAGCUGAACCAGCACUUGCGCGGGCUGACCAAGGAAGACGUGGUGCGGCUGAAGCAGCGACGGCGCACGCUCAAGAACCGAGGCUACGCCGCCAGCUGCCGCAUCAAGCGCGUCACCCAGAAGGAGGAGCUAGAGCGCCAGAAGACGGAGCUGCAGCACGAGGUGGACAAGCUGGCCCGCGAGAACGCCAGCAUGCGGUUGGAGCUGGAGGCCCUCCGCGCCAAGUACGAGGCACUACAGUGCUUCGCCAGAACUGUGACCCGCGGUGGGCCCCUGUCGCCGGGCAAAGUGGCGACCACCAGCGUUAUUACCAUCGUCAAGUCGGCCAACCACAACAGCUCCGGUCCGACACCCUUUUCGGCGCCAUCCUAGUGUCCGCUGGACUGGGCUCUCUUUACCCGCCUGACCCUGACCCGGCCUCAUCCCGCACAGAGAGGAACCUUAGUAGUAAGACUGAAGGUGGAUGGACAGGAUGACAAGCACCAAGUGAUCUUAUGCUGCAUUCAUGACUCUCCCUUCUCCUGUCCUUUAUCUUAACACCCAUUUUACCCUAAAAGUGUACACAGACCUGACAUCGCUGGGUUGCCUUAGGGGCUCACCCCCCAAUCCCUUCAGUUUACACUUUGGAACAACAUUCCCAACCCUUUUUUUUAAGGCGGGUUUUUGUUGUAGGUCUUCGAAAAGUCACCGUAAACGUCCUUGUUUGUAUUUUGUUUCAGACAUCAUUUGGACAGGCGUGAGGCCAUCUGUAUUUAACAGCUGAUCUCAUGAUGGGCUUCCACAAACUGCCAAGCCAGUGCCAAUGGCCUCAAUUCUGUCUGAAUGAUACCUGAAAUGAAGUAGGAAAAAAAAGGGAGGUCUAUUCGUGACUUUUGGUACAUCCUGUAUUUAUUUGCACUAUGCAAACCACCUGCUCCUCCCCCCUGAAACCGUCCUAACAGCACUGCCAGGGUUCAUCUUCUUGACUGAGCACAGAGAUUUAGAAAAAUAACGACAAAAAAAAAAGUCUGACAUGCCUUCGGGUGGCAGCACCAGUCUACAUUCUUGGUUUGAAAUGACGUCAAACCACACCGAAUCAUUUCCAAGCACAUCAAGUGCUGCUUUCAAGAAGGACCGAGAGAUCCUUUUUUUCCAAAAAAGAUAUUUGCAUGCCUGGCAGUCCACUCUGUUCAUGGCGUCAGCGGAUUGCGUUUUAAUUUGUCAUGUAGCAAGAUAAGUCAACUGCAUUUUGACUUCACCGGGCAAUCACAAGUGUUUGUUGACCUUUUCACACCGUCUUCCCCAUAGAGCACUUAUAAGGAUAUUUUGGUUACAGGAUAGGACUACACCAAUCCAAAAGGUGUGUGUUGACAGUCAAGAAUUGAUGAGAGUGUCAUAAAAAAGGGGGGAGGGGACGUGCCAUGACUUUGCUGCAAGAGCCUGAUACAAGUGAACAGCUACUUUCUGUCCAGCGGCACUUACUGUGUGAAUGCUGAGAGACGAGCACUGUAGGGAAAAAAAGCCUCGUUCUUGGAAUGUUAGUGUCAUCAAAUCGCAACUUUAUUCUCUUAUUAAAUUACAUUUUUGGGUAAUUUUUUUUCCCCCCUCCAUAAAAUGGUACAUUUUUUCUCAUCAAUUUAGGAGUAUUGUAACGUUUUUUUCUACCAAAUCACAACUUUCUUUUAAUAAGUGUUUUCGUAGAAUUGUGACCAUUUUCAUUUUUUAACUUUUCUCUGGGAAUUUGUUUUCCAUAGAACUAUAAGUUUUUGAUCUUAUCACACAUUUUGGUUUCAUAAAAAUAAUUUGUCAUGACUUUUACCAUAAACUAUAUUUUAUUUGUAAUUUUGGGAAGUAAUCCUUUUAUGAAACAUUUUGUUUCAUACAAAUGUUAACUACAUUAUUCUAUUUCAGCUUUUUCCCCGGAUUUUUAAAAAAAUUAUUUUUAUUUUGCAACUUUUCGAGAGGAUUAAAUUAAGGACUAUUGUCAUGUUUCCAUAAAUGUAUGAAUUUACUUUUUGUUAUUGUUCUCAAACAAAAUGCGCUUCCUUUUUUUGUUUGUUUUUUUGGAGGGGGGGUUAGUCCUAGCACUUAUUGGAGAUGAAGAUUUUUUUGUUUUUUUUUGAAUAGCUCUCAAUUUCCUUUUUCUUACCAGUAGUUUGACUUCGACUUGGUGACGGAGUCUCUCAGCAUUCACGCACAAUUUCUGAGAAGACUGCAAUUUCUAGUUCGGUUAUUUCUGGCUCUUAAAUGCCACUUUCUGGAAGGUCAUCCAUAUUGGAUGAAGUUAAAAUAACAUAAUGACAGGUCUUUACCAAGAAAAUACUUCUUGUACAUUAAAGCUUUGGACUUCAGGCUCACUUUCAGCUGCGGUCACUUGACUCCGUCCAGAAAGUAAAAGCGUAAUUCCUACUGCAGAGUCAGGCCAAGUGUUGCUGCUGUUGACUCAGAAAUACUGCCUAUUAUUUUCAUUUUCAAAUUUGUUUUCCCUCAUUUUUGUUUCCGGUGCUUUUAACACACUUUUCAAUGAGAACUCCUGACGCUCGUCUCAUAAGCAGGUUGAAAACUCAAGGAACCGUUUGGUUGCCAUGGCAACCAAAUGUAGGAACCAUCCAUGCUUUUAAGGCAUUGGAGGAAAAAAAAACGCUUGCUCCCAUCAAAAUCUUCUCUAGGCCAAAUGAACAUGACUUAUGUCCCCUCCCCCCAGCCUGAAAGAAAGUAGACAGAUUGGGGGGAGGCUUUGCUGCUGUACAACCUGCUGUGACCUUACAGUUGUGUUCUUACUCUGUUUUUGUACUUUGUAUCUUAUGUCCUAUUCCUGACACAUAGGUUUUAUAUUCAUAAGUACAUGAUAUAAAUAUAUUACAUAUUUUUCUAUAUUUAAGUUACUAUCAUGGGAGUGGUGUGAUUUACGUAACCGUUCUUUUGAAGUCCACAUACUAUUUGUAAUUAAUGGCGAAAAGGUGUCCAGACAGUGCAUUUACGAUGAGAAAAAUACUUUUGCCAUGACUGAGUAUUUAUAGGCCACGGACCGCAUUUUUUUGUUCGUUGCUGUGUCCACACGACUGACGUUUCACACAAGAUGCCGUUGUUUUUUGUUUUUGUUUGUUUAACUUCACUUGAAUUAUGUUGACUUUCUGACGGUUCACUUUUGAUGUAAAAAAAAGUGCAAAAAUCCAGACGGCCAUUGCGUGUUAACAUGUUUGACUCCCAUGUGUUAUGUAAGCAUGCAUGUACAGCAGACGUCGUGUAUUAUUGUUGACGCUUAUUUGUUCCGACUUCACUUUUAACGAUGAUGGUGAUGCUUUUGUAACAGCCGUUGAACCAUACCUGAAUUUCCACAGCUACUAAAUUGGAUUCUGUCACUCCGCAAUGAACCCUGAGACAGACAUGUAAAAACAAAGACUAUUGAUAUACGGAAGGUUUCAGCCGACAGCGACCUCAUGUGGCAAAACGAGGCACUGUUACAGUUCACACUUCAGUUUAGAAAGUGGCAAAAAGAACAGACAAACCUUAAUCCAGGUGAAUCAAGUAUGUUGCCGGCUCCCACAUGCAUGCCAACUGUAAAAUACCAGAGGGAAAAAAGUAGCCACUUCACACAAAGCAGUUAAGAGCAACAUGUAUAAGAUGAAGAUGACGUGACCUUUUUGGGGCUGUGUAAGCAGUCCGCUUCUUCCCUGGAUAUUUCGCAUACAUUCUCCGAUGAGCUAUGAUGAUGGCAGUCUAGAAAUGUGCUUGCAUAGAUGAGUGUUGACUCAUUUAGUUGUCCAAACAAGCUCGACCAGUCAAACAAGCUACAAAAAGAAAAUCGUCUAACACUUUGGAAAAUCACAUAUAGGGAAUGUGGAUGCAAUUUAUUGCUACGUUUUGCUAAAAAUAGCUGCGGAAGAUAGCGGACGUUGUUACUCUGCUCUUGCGUAUUUAUUUCACUCAUCUGUUGAAUUUUCAUUGAGACAGCUAAAUUAUUUUUUGUCAACUCACUUUCUGAUGUGCCCCCCCCCCCUCCAUUGAGCUAACAUGGUGUGUAAAUCCUGUUUGUCUCUGCUGCGUUCUUUUCAACCAUGCUAAAUUAUUCCACGACAAUGUGUCUGCUGUCUCGUUUUUGUACUCACAAAUAAAAAUUUCUCCUUGUUAAAAAAACCUGGCACAAAUUGGCUCACUUUAAUUACUCAGUCACACAUACACAAAGGUGUCUUUAUUUUGUAUGAUUUGAAAUUCCACUAUGUAAGCCGUCUCAAAAAGAACAAUGAUCAGUCCAAACUGGCAUUAAAAUUAUGACAAAUGUACAAAAUGGCCAGUCGACAAUUUUUAAAAAUGCCUUUAUUGGUUUUUUUAAAAAAAUCAGUCUCUUCAAAAUGCAGAACAUCUUUCACGCAAAAUGUUUACAGAUGUCUCUCAAUAAAAUAGAAUAGCGCCAAUUCAAUAAGUGAAACUCAUAUCAAUGAAUAAAAGCAAAACAAAAAAAUCAAGUAAUGGCAGAAAAAAGCACCUUCUGACUUAAGUUUCUAUAUUCAAGUUCAAUUUGAUUGUUUCUUAUGUAACAAAAAAUUCUUGAGUUGGUGAAUUUGGGUUUUGAAUUAGCUGCAAGUCAUUGCCAUAUGAGUGUGUCAUGAAUCUGCCAUUAUCUCCGAGUUUCACUUUUUGAACUAACCUACCAAAAAUAAAUUACAUUUUCCAUGAUAUAAUCAUUCAUUGAGAUGCACCUGUAUAGUAUAAUUACAAUCAAAUCUGUAAAUAUUUUAAUAGAGAAUCCAUGGAAUUAUAAAUAGUGGCCCUGAUACUAAAAGGCGGAGUGAAAACUAUUCACAAUAAGCGCAGAUGCUACAAAUAUGCCUUUGUAGUUGGACUAUCUCAAAUGAAAACAACUCCCACUAUGUAAGAGGUCGACUGUGACAUGGAGACGCAUUGCAAUACAUACAAAAAAAAAAACUCCGCAGUGAUAUAUUGUGCAGUUUGAAGUACCCGCUCCAAAACCAGUA